CCUCGGCCGAGCGCUUCCUUUCUUCUUUUCCCUUCUUCCCUCACUUUCUUAAUUUCCCCUUUUCCCUUCCCUUCGCUUCCCGCUUUCCCUUCCCCUCUUCCCUGCUCUUUCCCCCUUGCCGUUUUCCUGCGCCGUUUCCCCCCUUCCCCUUAUCCCCGUUCCCUUUCUCCCGUUCCCCGGGGGAGGCCGGGGAGCUGCGGGCUCUCCCUCCUGCUCCUUCCCUCGGUUCCCGCAGCUCCUUCCCUCGGUUCCCUCUUUUCCCGUUGCAGGCACCGAGCCAUGCGGAGCUGGGGGUUGCUGGGGGGAGCGGCGGCGGCGCUGGCGGCCGGGAUUUACGUUCUGUGGGGCCCCAUCACCGGCAGGAAACGGCGCCGGAGAGGGCUUGUCCCAGGGCUCCUGAACCUUGGCAACACGUGUUUCAUGAAUUCCCUGCUCCAGGGCUUGUCCUCCUGCCCCUCCUUCAUCAGGUGGCUGGAGGAGUUCACGGCACAGUACAGGACAGAGCAGGAAAAAUCCCAGGAACAUCAUCAAUGCCUGUCAGUGACUUUGCUGCAGCUCCUGAGAGCUUUAUCCUGCCAGGAGGUGACAGAGGACGAUGUCCUGGAUGCCAGCUGCCUGCUGGACGUGCUGAGGAUGAACAGGUGGCAGAUCUCCUCCUUUGAGGAGCAGGAUGCCCAUGAGCUGUUCCAUGUCCUGACCUCUUCCCUGGAGGACGAGCGGGAUCGGCAGCCCCGUGUCACCCAUCUCUUCGAUGUGCAUUCCCUGGAGCAACCAGAAAUAACCCAAAAGCACAUAAGCUGCAGGACAAGAGGAUCUCUUCCCCCCGUGUCCAGCCCCUGGAAAUCUCAGCACCCUUUCCACGGAAGGCUGACCAGCAACAUGGUCUGCAAACACUGUGAGCACCAGAGCCCUGUGAGGUUCGACACCUUCGACAGCCUCUCCCUGAGCAUUCCAGCGGCUGUGUGGGGUCGUCCCAUGACACUGGACCACUGCCUCCAUCACUUCAUCUCCUCAGAGUCUGUGAAGGAUGUUGUGUGUGACAACUGCACCAAAAUCCAGGCAGAAGGAAUUCUGAAUGGACAGAGCAUAGAAAACCAGAGAACGACGUUUGUUAAGCAGUUAAAGUUAGGAAAGCUGCCCCAGUGUUUGUGCAUCCACCUGCAAAGGCUGAGCUGGUCAAACCAGGGCACUCCCCUGAAGAGACACGAACACGUCCAGUUCAACGAGUUCCUGGUCAUGGACAUCUACAAAUAUCGGGUUCCUGGUCCCAAAUCCAGCCAGGAGCAGCUCAGCCAGAAAAGCUCCGAGGAGAAAACCCCUGGAGUAAAGGAUGGGAGAGCAGGGAAACCUUCAGAUGCAGAGCCACCAGCUGGAACCAAACCUCUCUUCAUGAAUGGUGCCUCCUCUUCCUCCUCUCCCUCGUUUUUAAUGUCCCCAGGAACUUUCCCACUUGCUGCAUUCCCCGAGUGCAGGGCCCCGCUGUACCUGUACCGCCUGAUGGCCGUGGUUGUUCACCACGGGGACAUGCACUCGGGACACUUCGUCACCUUCCGGCGCGCGCCGGGCGCCCGCGGCAGCCAGUGGCUCUGGAUCUCGGAUGAGUCCGUGCGCAGGGCCAGCCUGCACGAGGUGCUGGCUGCCAGCGCCUACCUGCUGUUCUACGAGCGCGUGCACGGCCGGGCCCAGCCCCAGAGCCCGGCCCAGCGCUGAGCCGGGAGCGCCGGGAUCAUCCCAGAGCCCUCGGAUCGUCCCCAGAGCCCUGUGAGCGUCCCCAGAGCCCUGUGAGCGUC